AUGGCAAACUUCUGGUGGGGUACUACUCAGACAAAAAGAAGUAGCAUUCAUUGGUGUAGCUGGGAAAAACUUGGAGAAUCAAAAGGGGGAGGAGUUUUGGGCUUUAGAGACCUAGAGUGCUUCAACAUGGCUUUGUUGGCCAAACAAGACUGGAGGUUCUUACAAAAUCCAAGGAGUUUGGUAGCAAAGGUGUUUAAGGAGAAGUACUUCAGCUCAUUUUACUUGCUUAAUGCAAAAUUGGGACACAGGCCUUCAUUUAUAUGGAGGAGUGUGUGGCGAGAAAUGAAUCUAUUGAAAGAAGGUCUAAGAUUGAGGGUUGGGAAUGGGAAUAGCAUAAGGAUUUGGGGGCAGAAAUGGCUACCAACACCUUCAUCCUUUUGUAAUCAAUCUCCUUGCUCCAUACUGGAUAAAGAAGCAAAAUUCAGUGAGUUGAUUUCUAAUAGGGAAUGGGAUGAGUAG